AUGGAGACCUCAGAUCAGUGCUCCUAUAUGAUGGAGACCUCAGAUCAGUGCUCCUAUAAGAUGGAGACCUCAGAUCAGUGCUCCUAUGCGAUGGAGACCUCAGAUCAGUGCUCCUAUAAGAUGGAGACCUCAGAUCAGUGCUCCUAUAAGAUGGAGACCUCAGAUCAGUGCUCCUAUACGAUGGAGACCUCAGAUCAGUGCUCCUAUACGAUGGAGACCUCAGAUCAGUGCUCCUAUACGAUGGAGACCUCAGAUCAGUGCUCCUAUACGAUGGAGACCUCAGAUCAGUGCUCCUAUACGAUGGAGACCUCAGAUCAGUGCUCCUAUACGAUGGAGACCUCAGAUCAGUGCUCCUAUACAAUGGAGACCUCAGAUCAGUGCUCCUAUACGAUGGAGACCUCAGAUCAGUGCUCCUAUACGAUGGAGACCUCAGAUCAGUGCUCCUAUACGAUGGAGACCUCAGAUCAGUGCUCCUAUACGAUGGAGACCUCAGAUCAGUGCUCCUAUACGAUGGAGACCUCAGAUCAGUGCUCCUAUAAGAUGGCGACCUCAGAUCAGUGCUCCUAUAAGAUGGAGACCUCAGAUCAGUGCUCCUAUAAGAUGGAGACCUCAGAUCAGUGCUCCUAUAAGAUGGAGACCUCAGGUCAGUGCUGCUAUACGAUGGAGACCUCAGAUCAGUGCUCCUAUACGAUGGAGACCUCAGAUCAGUGCUCCUAUACGAUGGAGACCUCAGAUCAGUGCUCCUAUACGAUGGAGACCUCAGAUCAGUGCUCCUAUACGAUGGAGACCUCAGACCAGUGCUCCUAUACGAUGGAGACCUCAGAUCAGUGCUCCUAUAAGAUGGAGACCUCAGAUCAGUGCUCCUAUACGAUGGAGACCUCAGAUCAGUGCUCCUAUAAGAUGGAGACCUCAGAUCAAUGCUCCUAUAAGAUGGAGACCUCAGAUCAGUGCUCCUAUAAGAUGGAGACCUCAGGUCAGUGCUGCUAUACGAUGGAGACCUCAGAUCAUUGCUCCUAUACGAUGGAGACCUCAGAUCAGUGCUCCUAUACGAUGGAGACCUCAGAUCAGUGCUCCUAUACGAUGGAGACCUCAGAUCAGUGCUCCUAUACGAUGGAGACCUCAGAUCAGUGCUCCUAUACGAUGGAGACCUCAGAUCAGUGCUCCUAUAAGAUGGAGACCUCAGAUCAGUGCUCCUAUACGAUGGAGACCUCAGAUCAGUGCUCCUAUAAGAUGGAGACCUCAGAUCAGUGCUCCUAUACGAUGGAGAACUCAGAUCAGUGCCCCUAUACGAUGGAGACCUCAGAUCAGUGCUCCUAUACGAUGGAGACCUCAGAUUACUGCUCCUAUACGAUGGAGACCUCAGAUCAGUGCUCCUAUAAGAUGGAGACCUCAGAUCAGUGCUCCUAUAAGAUGGCGACCUCAGAUCAGUGCUCCUAUACGAUGGAGACCUCAGAUCAGUGCUCCUAUAAGAUGGAGACCUCAGAUCAGUGCUCCUAUACGAUGGAGACCUCAGAUCAGUGCUCCUAUAAGAUGGAGACCUCAGAUCAGUGCUCCUAUAAGAUGGAGACCUCAGAUCAGUGCUCCUAUACGAUGAAGAACUCAGAUCAGUGCUCCUAUAAGAUGGAGACCUCAGAUCAGUGCUCCUAUACGAUGGAGACCUCAGAUCAGUGCUCCUAUACGAUGGAGACCUCAGAUCAGUGCUCCUAUACGAUGGAGACCUCAGAUCAGUGCUCCUAUAAGAUGGCGACCUCAGAUCAGUGCUCCUAUAAGAUGGAGACCUCAGAUCAGUGCUCCUAUGCGAUGGAGACCUCAGAUCAGUGCUCCUAUACGAUGGAGACCUCAGAUCAGUGCUACUAUGCGAUGGAGACCUCAGAACAGUGCUCCUAUAAGAUGGAGACCUCAGAUCAGUGCUCCUAUAAGAUGGAGACCUCAGAUCAGUGCUCCUAUGCGAUGGAGACCUUAGAUCAGUGCUCCUAUACGAUGGAGACCUCAGAUCAGUGCUCCUAUACGAUGGAGACCUCAGAUCAGUGCUCCUAUAAGAUGGAGACUCAGAUCAGUGCUCCUAUACGAUGGAGACCUCAGAUCAGUGCUCCUAUACAAUGGAGACCUCAGAUCAGUGCUCCUAUACGAUGGAGACCUCAGAUCAGUGUUCCUAUACGAUGGAGACCUCAGAUCAGUGCUCCUAUAAGAUGGAGACUCAGAUCAGUGCUCCUAUACGAUGGAGACCUCAGAUCAGUGCCCUUUCUCUUUUGUCCGUCACAGGUUGUUAGGACAGAGCUCCCUAUAGCAUCUAUUUGA